AGAACAGAGAUUCCCCAAGCAGAUGCACUUCCUCCCUGGAGUGUGGUAACCUAGGCCUUAGCUGCGAUGGCUGACUGACCUCCACUUAGACCGGCCUGCUAGCAACUCGUGACCUUCAGCCAGUUGGUUGAUUUCUCUAGGUCUCAAUGUGGUGCCUGCCUGGAACCCCAGCUCUUUGGGAGACUGAAGCAGAAGGAUCCCUGAAGCCAACAAUUCAAGGCCAAUCAUGGCAAUGCGGAGAAACCCCAACUGGGAGGGGGAGGAGGACACAAAUGUAUAAGACUUUUGGGAUGUGGCACAUAGUGAGAAAGUCACUGCCAGCCCCGCUAAAUAGGACUGGAAUUUCACAGUACUUUUCAGAUUGUAUUAAAAUCUUUGAAAGACUAUUUUGGAGGGAAAACCUCACUCAUGAAAACUCGUUCUCUGGGUACUUUGUUUAAAAAAUAACAUCCAAGGCUGACAGAAUGGCUCAACACUAACGUGUGUUGUCAAACCCGACUGCUUGAGUUCGGUCCCUGAAGCCUACAUGGUGAGGGGAGGAGCCACCCCGGUCCCUAAAUGAUUAUCAUGUGUGUGCCAUCUAAUGAUGUCAUCUGGCAAGCUGUGACCUGGACCCCUUGUUGAAUGCGAAAGCAGAGCGUUUCCGCCCUUCAGUCGUCUCCCACACUUGUGACUCCUUCAGAUCUGGAGAUUCAGCGUCCCCCACCAGAAUGAGGAGAUGUAGAUGAAAAGAGGCCCGCGGAGCUGAAGAUGGAUCAGGCUCUGCUCCUCAUCCACAAUGAACUGUCCGGGACAAGCCUAACGGUGUACUGGAAAUCGGAGUCCUGUUACCAAUGCACCUUCCAGCCUCUGGCGAACGUCUCUCACAGUGGCAAACCUGCGAAGCCAAGCGUUGUGGCCGUCUCCGUGAGCACCCAGCACGGGUCCAUCCUACAAGUUAAUUACACCCAGGGAGAGACUGCAGCUUGCAGGCUGGAAUACAAAUUUGGAGAAUUUGGGAACUAUUCCCUUUUGGUCCAGCAUUCUUCCCCUGGAGCCAGUGAAGUCGCCUGUGACCUAGUUGUCAACGAGAAUCCAGUCGACAGUAACCUUCCUGUGAGCAUCGCAUUUCUUGUUGGUCUAGCACUCAUCAUCGCGAUAUCUUUCCUGAGGUUCUUACUGAGUUUGGAAGACUUCAGUAAUUGCAUUUCUAAGGCAAUAACUUCUCGAGAAACUGACCGCCUCAUCAAUUCCGAGCUAGGAUCCCCAAGCAGAGCAGACCCCCUCAGUGAUGACUUUCAACCAGAAACACGACGCAUGCCUGCCUUGCCUUACCGUCUCCGAUGCGUGGACACAUUUAGGGGGCUAGCCCUCAUUCUCAUGGUCUUCGUCAACUAUGGAGGAGGAAAGUAUUGGUACUUCAAGCAUUCCAGCUGGAAUGGACUGACUGUGGCCGACCUCGUCUUCCCCUGGUUUGUAUUUAUUAUGGGAUCUUCAAUUUUCUUGUCAAUGACUUCUGUCCUACAACGAGGAUGUUCAAAAUUCAGACUGCUGGGGAAAAUCGCUUGGAGAAGCUUCCUGCUAAUUUGUAUAGGAAUUAUCGUUGUCAACCCCAAUUAUUGCCUUGGCCCAUUGUCUUGGGAUAAGGUGCGGAUCCCUGGUGUCCUGCAGCGGUUGGGAGUGACGUACUUCGUGGUCGCUGUGUUGGAGCUCAUCUUCUCGAAGCCUGUCCCUGACACUUGUACCUCGGCAGGAAAAAUACUCCUGUAUUACAAGGACCAGACGAAAGCCAUCCUGAUGAGAUUUGCUGCCUGGUGCUGUGUACUUGGGCUUAUUUCUAUUGCUUUGACAAAAUUGUCUACAAAUGAAGGUUUUAUUCCAAUAAACAAAAACCUCUGGUCCGUUUCGUACGUCACCACUCUGAGCUGCUUUGCCUUCUUCAUCCUGCUCGUCCUGUACCCCGUCGUGGACGUGAAGAGGCUGUGGACAGGAGCCCCGUUCUUUUAUCCAGGCAUGAAUUCUAUUCUGGUGUAUGUUGGUCACGAGGUGUUUGAGAACUACUUCCCCUUCCGGUGGAAGCUGGAGGAUGACCAGUCACACAAAGAGCAUCUAAUUCAGAACAUGGCCGCCACUGCUGUCUGGGUGCUCAUCGCCUACAUUCUCUAUAAAAAGAAGAUCUUCUGGAAAAUCUGACAGCACUCCUGAUAGGCCUUGCUGGAGGAGCCCAGCGGCCCUGGGAGAAGGACAGAACUGUGUUUAUUAAAGGGACUCCUCCCACACAAAAGGGACGUACUUACGGAAACUGUGUCCAAGCUGACUUGCUUAGCCAUCAGAAAGCUGCCUGAAUAUUUUUACUUAUAUAUUUACAUAUUUGAAAUGUUAUGCGCUCCCUUUCCUUCAUUUUCUAUGAAAUUGAUAUAUUUGGAACAUGUGUGGAGGGGUUUACAAUGGACAUUUCUGUAAUAUGCUGGGUUUGACUCAGAGGUAGAAUGCUUUCCUAACUUGGACAGUUUGAUCUCUGCACCACAAACAAUCAAACCACAAGAAAACCCAAAGGACCACUUCUUAUUUCCUGAAAACUGCCUUCCCAUGUGUAUAUGCAUGCCAGCAAAAAUACCACGGUUUCUGUUGUGAGACUUACAUAAAGCUUUUUGAAUGGAC